GCUCCGCGUCCCGCUCCGCGCCCGCCCGCCCGCUCCACUGGGCUGGGCCGCGCGGCCAUGAGGCUGCGGGGAUGCGGUCCCCGGGCCGCCCCCGCGUCCAGCGCAGGGGCCGGCGACGCUCGAAGGCUGGCGCCCCCGGGGCGGAACCCCUUCGUGCACGAGCUGCGACUCAGCGCCCUGCGCAAGGCCCAGGUGGCCAUGAUGACACUGACACUCUUCCCCGUGCGGCUGUUGCUGGCGGCCCUCAUGAUGCUGCUGGCCUGGCCCUUCGCGCUCGCCGCGUCGCUGGGAUCCGCCGAGAAGGAGCCCGAGCAGCCCCCGGCCUUGUGGCGCAGGGUCGUGGACGUCCUGCUCAAGGCCAUCAUGCGCACCAUGUGGUUUGCCGGCGGCUUCCACCGCGUGACCGUGAAGGGGCGGCAGGCACUGCCCACCGAGGCGGCCAUCCUCACGCUGGCGCCACACUCCUCCUACUUCGACGCCAUCCCUGUCACCAUGACGAUGUCCUCCAUCGUGAUGAAGGCUGAGAGCAGGGACAUCCCGAUCUGGGGAACUCUGAUAAGGUACAUUCGGCCAGUGUUCGUGUCCCGCUCGGACCCGGAUUCUCGCAGGAAAACAGUGGAAGAGAUCAAGCGACGCGCACAGUCCAGCGGGAAGUGGCCGCAGAUAAUGAUUUUCCCAGAAGGAACUUGCACGAACCGGACCUGCCUCAUCACCUUCAAGCCUGGUGCGUUCAUCCCCGGGGUCCCCGUCCAGCCUGUGGUCUUACGAUAUCCAAAUAAACUGGACACCAUCACGUGGACGUGGCAGGGACCUGGAGCGUUGGAAAUCCUGUGGCUUACGCUGUGUCAGUUUCACAAUCAAGUGGAAAUUGAGUUCCUCCCGGUCUACAGCCCUUCCGAGGAGGAGAAGAGAAGCCCUGCGCUGUAUGCUCGGAACGUGCGGCGCGUCAUGGCAGAAGCCUUGGGCGUCUCCGUGACAGACUACACGUUUGAGGACUGCCAGCUGGCCCUGGCAGAAGGACAGCUCCGUCUGCCCGCCGACACUUGCCUCUUAGAGUUUGCCCGGCUCGUGCGGGGCCUGGGGCUAAAACCAGAAAAACUUGAAAAGGAUCUGGACAAAUAUUCGGAAAGUGCGAAGAUGAUGGGAGGAGAGAAGAUUGGGGUUUCCGAGUUCGCGGCGUACCUGGAGGUCCCCGUGUCCGAUGUGCUGGAAGACAUGUUCUCGCUGUUUGACGAGGGCGGCGGCGGCAAGGUGGACCUGCGGGAGUACGUGGUGGCCCUGUCUGUCGUCUGCCGGCCCGCCCAGACCCUGGACACCAUCCGGCUGGCGUUCAAGAUGUACGGGUCCCCGGAGGAUGGCAGCAUAGACGAGGAUGCCUUGUCCUGCAUCCUCAAGACUGCCCUGGGGGUGGCAGAGCUUUCUGUGACCGACCUCUUUCGAGCCAUCGAUGAGGAGGAGAAGGGGACGAUCACAUUCGCCGACUUCAGCCGGUUUGCAGAAGCGUACCCCGACUUCGCGGAGCAGUACUUGUAUCCGGACCGGACGCGCUUCGACAGCUGUGCGCAGACGCCGCCCGCGCCAACCCCCAACGGCUUCUGCACCGACUUCAGCCCCGACGGCUCGGACGCUGGCAGGAGGCCUUUCCGCAAGAAACUGGACUAGGCCGCGGCUGCGGGAGACCGGCCGCUGCUUGCGAGUCUGGGUCUCACUCCCGCUGCUGCGGUCCCGGCGCCUCCAGCCCGGGUUCCGGAAGACGG